AUGCUUGACGAAUUACCUACGGAAGUCUUAAGUCUCAUCUUUUCCAAGCUCUGUCUGCACUGUCAGACCGACCGAGGUUCAACCGCACACGAUGUGUCUUUCCGUCGCGACGACCAGCAGCACGAUGACCCCUCCUGGUACUUGAAGGAACACCAGGCGCUGUUCUCGGUAUGUUUGGCGUCGAAGCGACUCUACGGCAUAGCGCAGCCGGUGCUGCACCACGCGUUCAUGCCCGGCUAUGGCGAUUCCCGGCGCUCGAGCCGCUCCACGUGGGAUGGUCGGCUUACCGCCUUCAUGCGAACCAUGACUGAGCGGCGCGACCUGGCUAGUAUGGUCAGGAGAGUCUACAUCAACCAUUACCUGAUAGAACGAAUCGACCUGCAACAGGCCGAGUAUGCAUUUGGUCACGCGGCGGCCGCGCUGGGAAUCGAUGACUACUGGACUCCUGAGCCAUUUUUGACGACGACUCCAGGUUACUGUGUGACCCUCCAAUGGCAACAGGAACUGGGAGGGGCAGUUGUUCAGAUGCUCGUGCUCCUGCUGCCCAAUCUACAGCAUCUCGGUCUCCAAGUCAACCAUGAAUUUCCUUUCCGGGAGUACCCUGCUGCUGUGGCUUUUUCAGCAGUCGGUAAUUCCGCUGGCCAAUCGCUCAAAACGCUUGACAUCGCCCUGCAUGUGAAGAAAAGCAAACAACGGAUGCAAAUACUGCUCCUCGGCAAGCAAGCUCAGGCCAUUCUGAAGAUGGCGCAGAACCUCAGCACGCUCAACUUGCACAUGCUUAGAACCACCUCGAAUGAGCCGACGCUCAAUGUCCUCAGAAAUCUUAGGGUACUUCGCGUCACGCACAGCAGGGUGAGCGAAGAGGGCCUCGAGGCUCUACUAUGUUCAUGCAGCAACCUGGAGACAUUCGUCUACGAGGCUACGACCCUGCCCGAGAUGGAGCUCAAUUCGUUUUCCCAUGCCCCCGUUAGCGACCAUUUCCAGCCGGCUCAAGCCAUUCGACACCUCCGGAGUCACCACAGAACACUAAAGUCGUUGCACCUCGACCUCCGAAAGUUCAAUUUCCCCUCAAACUGCCAUAUCAGGCCCAUCCUAAGUAUCACGGACUUUGGGUCUCUGCGAGAGCUCUUUCUCAGCUACAACACGAUAUACAACAAACACUCCAAGCCGGCGAUGAGUAACGCGGAUUAUCUGCCCCAGCUUCUGCCAUCCAACAUCGUGUCCCUCCGUCUAGCAGGCACUAGUAUGAGACACUACGAACAAGACCACGUCACAGGCCUUCACAGCCUUGCCCGUGCCGUCUCGAGCGGACAGUUCCCCAAUCUGAAGCUGAUCAGGUGUGACGCGAGACAAAGGCUCGAUGGGCGUGGCUUAGAGGAGUUGUUUGCGGGCGCGGGUGUCGACUUUGGCUACGAGGACAUGCCGAUGAAGCGUAGCUACACUGCGGCGGCUCACUGCCACUAG